AAUGAAACUUAGCAGCGCACAAAACCGGUCUAAGAUUCAGCUUACAGCCGGGAUACAUCAUCACUCUGUUCAAAACGACUGCACCUUGUCGUGUUGCGGAAAGAAGGAUUCCUGUCAUUUUGAUAUUUCGAAGUUAUUUAAAGAUGGAGAAAAUGAGCUACACGUUCAGUCAGCAAUAUGAGGAAAAAAUCCGUCCUUGCAUCGACACCAUCGACAGUUUACGGUCUCUGGGAGUCGAGAAGGACUUGGCGCUGCCUGCCAUCGCCGUCAUUGGAGACCAGAGCUCAGGAAAGAGUUCAGUUCUCGAGGCGCUGUCUGGAGUAGCGUUACCCAGGGGUAGUGGAAUUGUUACAAGAUGCCCUCUUGAACUCAAGAUGAUAAGAACUAAAGAUGAAGAUAAGUGGCAUGGAAGAAUCAGCUACAAUGAAACAGAGGAAGAUAUUUAUGACCCAGCAGAAGUGGAGAAAAAGAUUUGUGAAGCCCAGGAUAAGAUGGCUGGAAAAGGUGUUGGUAUUAGUGAUGAACUUAUCAGUCUGCAGAUCACCUCUGCCAGUGUUCCUGACCUCACUCUCAUUGACCUCCCUGGUAUCGCACGGGUGGCAGUCAAGGGGCAGCCUGAGAAUAUUGGAGAUCAGAUAAAGAGAUUGAUCAAGAAGUUUGUUACAAAGCAAGAAACGAUUAACCUGGUUGUGGUGCCAUGCAACGUUGACAUUGCAACCACAGAAGCAUUACAGAUGGCUCAGAAGGAGGAUCCUGAGGGUGAAAGAACAUUAGGGAUCUUAACAAAGCCGGAUCUGGUGGAUAAGGGCACUGAACAGACAGUUGUAGACAUUGUGCACAAUGAGGUCAUUCAUCUUACUAAAGGCUACAUGAUUGUAAGGUGCAGAGGACAAAAAGAGAUUAUAGAUCAAGUCACUCUCCAUGAGGCCACAGCAACAGAAGAUGCCUUCUUCAAAGAUCAUCCUCAUUUUAGCAAACUUCAUGACGAAGGUUUUGCCACUAUUCCAAAGUUGGCUGAGAAACUAACAAUUGAGUUGGUGCAUCACAUUCAGAAAUCCCUGCCUCGUUUAGAAGAACAAAUCGAGACAAAACUGGCUGAAACACAGAAGGAACUGGAGGCAUAUGGCACUGGACCCCCAUCAGACCCUGCAGAAAGACUGAGCUUUCUCAUUGAUAAAGUUACAGCUUUCACUCAUGAUAUGUUCAACCUGACCACUGGGGAGGAAGUUAAAUGUGCUUCAGAUCUACUGGUUUUCCCAGAACUUCGGAACGAAUUUGCAGAAUGGAAUAUCUUCUUGUAUCAUUCAGGAGUUUCCUUCAGCAGGAAGAUUGAGAAAGAAGUGGAUAACUAUGAAGCCAAGUAUCGUGGAAGAGAGCUUCCGGGAUUCAUCAAUUACAAGACUUUUGAGGGGCUUGUUAGGGAACAGAUCAAGCUGUUGGAGAAACCUGCAUUGAAGACACUGAAGACUGUCUCUGAUGUGGUUAAAAGGAAGUUCAUCCAGCUGGCCCAGUACAGUUUCAUUGGGUUCCCUAAUCUUCUGAAAAUAGCAAAGACUCAGAUCGAAGCCAUCAAGCAGGAUAAAGAAUGCCUGGCAGAAUCCAUGCUGAAGACCCAAUUCAAGAUGGAGCUCAUUGUUUACAGUCAAGAUGGCACAUACAGCCAGAGCCUGAAACAUGCAAAGGACAAGCAGGAAGAGGAAGAAAAUUUCAAGCUUCAAUCUAAACCGAAAAAGAGUAUUGUGAGUGUAGACAUUGGCACAGAUAAUCAUGCCACUUUGCGUGAGAUGCAGUUGCAUCUUGAGUCCUAUUACAUGAUUGCAAGCAAGCGUCUAGCUGACCAGAUCCCAAUGGUGAUCCGCUAUCUGCUGCUCCAGGAAGCAGCUUUGGAGCUGCAAAGGAACAUGCUGCAGUUACUGCAUGAUAAAGAUGGCAUAGACAACCUGCUUAAAGAAGACUUUGAUAUUGGCCAAAAGCGGGAGAACUUACUGAAACGGCAGAAACGGCUGAUGAAGGCACGCAGCCUUUUGGUUACCUUUUAGAAUUCACUUCAAAUACUCGACUGCAACUAUUUUGUUUAUAUACACUUAAGAGCAGCAAAGAAUGCAGGGCUUCAAACAAAAAAAAUCAAGUACGGAGCCACUAGCUCCAAUAAGAAAAAAAAAUUAAUAUAUAUUUUUUGGGUGUCACAGAAUAAACGUGUUUUAUUUUAUUAUUUUUUAUAUUUCAAUCAUACUGCCAUUUCUUUAGGUCUCAUCUUUCCUUGACUUUAUCAGCAUUUUAAUCCAUCUUGUAGAUUACCUGGGAGCUAAGGUUCACUUAAAGUGGGAAAAUGUCUUUUCAAACUUGAAAUAUACAGCCACACAUUGUUUAUUACAUAGAAUCUGUACCAAUAUCAUGGACCAUAAGCAUCAUCACUUGGCCACAGAGUGCCAUAGAAGAACCUUUUUUUGUCUAAAUGGUUUCGUAAAGAACCUUUAACAUCUGAAGAACCUUUACGUUUCACAAGAGGUUCUUUGUGGCGGAAGAGGGUUCUUCAGAUUACAAAAAGUUGAAAAAGAGAUGGUUCUUUAAAAAACCUUUGACAGAAUUGUUCUUUAUGGAACCAGAAAUUACUCUUGUAGAAGAGUGUAUAAUUUUUCACACUUUCAGUCUGUUUUUCUUAAUUGGUAAACUUUUAUUUUAUAGGAAGAGUAGAAUCAUGUAGACAACAGGUUAAGUGAAAAAUGCAAUAGCGCAUAAAUAUAGCAAAAUGCUCUUCUUUAUAGUUACUUUUCUAGCUGACUGAGCUUAUGGACACCAAAUGUUUAUUCUGAGGUAAAUGUAGACUAUUUUUACAUUGCAAUAAGUUAGAUGUACUGUAGGCCCUCAUAAAAUAACCUACCUUUUGAGGUUAAUUCAUGUUCAUUAAAUGGGUUACUUGCUGCUUGAACUGAGACGCUUGAGCUAUUGCGCAUGACGCAUUAAAGAGCACCAAAACUGUAUUUAUUGUUUGUUAUGAAUUUUAAAGUAUCGUCUCAGUUUUGUACUUGAACUGUAAUGCGAUCACAAAACAAUCAAUAAAAAAGGCAUUACAUGGAAA